AUGCUCUAACUAUUAUAACCAGGACAAUUUAAUUUACAUGUUACCGAUAAAAAUUCAGUGUUAAGUCCAAGACAAAAUGAUCUCUAUCACUAACCUUAUGUUAUUAAAUUAAGAAACAAGCCAAUACUUUUAGAUUCAUCAUUAUUAGGAAAAGAAACAUUAACAGAUAGUUACCUCUCAUAAACUAAUGAGUAAGCAUAUAAUAAAUAUCAAGACAUUCCGAAAAUUAACUAUUAAAAUAAAAAUUAUGUGAAUUGGAAAAUUAAAGUCUAAAAUAGCAGAAUUAAUUUUUGAGUAGAGAAUUAGGAUAAAGAUAAAAAGAAAUAUCUAAACUUUUAAAAAUCUGCAAAAAUCAAUAUCUGCCACAAGUUAACAAACAUAAAAUUACUCCUUUUUUCGAAUAAGAAUGUUCAGAAUAUUUACCUUCUUCAGUUAUUUUCUAUCAAAAUGGAAUUGAUACAAAAAGAACUUAAUCAUAUGAUUAUUAAUAUUCUUAAAGAAAUGAUAAUUAAUCUGAAACUAAUUCUUAUAAGCAUACUAAUAGAAAUAUUAGGCCCAGUAGAAUUCAAUCAAGAAAUUCAAGAGAACUUUAAAAUUAUUAAGAAGAUCAUUCAAAUUUACAAUUACCUAGUGUGCAUAUGAGAACUACCUCAAGAGAAAAUUAAAUUUCAAAUAGAAAAAAAAGAUAUCUUAAAAAUAAUUCCCGUUUAAGGGUUUAUCUCAUAUUUAUUUUGGCUUAUGUUAGAUGGUGCCUUGUUUAUAGGUAUUAUUUAUAUCUUAUUAGAUAGGUAAAAAAGAAAUAAAAAAAUGUAACAAUUAAAAUUGAUUCGAUAAAAGUAUACAAAAUGUCUUGACAACAUAGCUAAUUAAGAUGUACUGAUUUGCAAAGAUAUUAUUAGAUAAUGGAUAUCUAAUAUUACAGACCCAUUAAUAAAAUCUUUUUCUUCUCAUUAAUUAAUACAAUAAGCAAAUGAAAAUUCUAAAAAUCCCAAUAGUGCAAUCUCCAUUUAGGCUAGACAAAAGUAAUUAAUUCUAUUAACAAAUAAUUUUUUGACAAAUAUGGAAAAAAUCACAGAGAAGGAUAAAAUGCCAGAAUUAGUAUAAAACUCUUUAUUUUUAUCUUUGUUUAAGAGUUAGAAUGUCAAAGCCCCUUUAUUUGUAGCUAAAAGAACCAAAUAUUAAACUAAAAAUACCCUAAAAAUUGGAAACUAUUAAGAAAAAAUGAUAAUAGGUGAAUAUUUCAUUUUCAGGCUCUUAGCAUUUCAUUUAAUUGAAGUCUCAAAUAAUAUAGUUUAUCAAAAUAUGAACCAUAAAAUGCACUGUAAAUUUCUCAUACUAGCCAUAUUGGGGAUUUUAUAAAUUUAAUUUUAAGAUUACUUUUCUGAAUUAAAACAAUUAGAUGAACCUUCAACAAAACUAUUUUAGAGAAGAAUAAAAAUAAGCAAAUCCUAAGAUAUUUCUAUAAUUACAGAUGAAAAUAUAGAUCAAGAAGAAUCUCUAAUAUUUGGACUUCAUGAUAGAUAAAAUUUUAUAAACAUUAUGGAAAAAAAUUAAGAAUGGCUUUAAGAAAUUUGUAUCAAAUUUGGUAAAAUCUUAAAUAAUUUGCAUUCAAUCUUAUGA